AAGCAAAUUUAAGCCUUUUCUCCUCCUUUCUUCCGCACCCACUCACUAUCUUCUCUUAUAAACUCUCUGCCAUGGCGACCCUAGACAGUGACAUCUCCAGAGAUGUUAUCUCCGAUCAAGAACAUCGUGGGUCCGGUGCGAUUCAUGUUAUCACGGGUCCUAUGUUCUCCGGGAAAUCGACCUCUCUCCUCCGCCGUAUCAAGUCGGAGAUCAGCGCCGGAAGAAGCGUUGCGAUGGUGAAAUCGAGUAAAGAUACGAGAUACGCCAAAGAUUCGGUGGUGACACACGAUGGAAUCGGAUUCCCUUGCUGGGCUCUUCCGGAUCUUAUGUCGUUUCCCGAGAUAUUCGGACAAGAUGCUUAUGCCAAGCUUGAUGUGAUUGGUAUUGACGAGGCUCAGUUCUUUGGAGACCUUUAUGAGUUUUGCUGCAAAGUCGCUGAUGAUGAUGGCAAAACUUUGAUUGUAGUGGGUCUUGAUGGUGACUACUUAAGGAGGAGCUUUGGUGCUGUUAUUGACAUUAUACCUUUAGCUGAUUCUGUGACGAAGCUAACUGCAAGGUGUGAGGUUUGUGGACAGAAAGCUUUCUUCACUUUAAGAAAGACUUGUGAGAGUAGAACCGAGCUGAUCGGUGGAGCUGAUGUUUAUAUGCCCGUUUGUCGCAAGCAUUACGUUAGUAAUCAAGUUGUGAUCAAACAUUCAAAGGAAAUCUUGGAUUCUGACAAGGCAAGUGGGUGAAUGUGUGGAGACAUUUGCUGCUAUAAUCUAACCAUAAUUGAUAUGGAACCAGUAACAUUAUGGAAAUGUUCGGUAGUGAAUUAUGUUUAUUUUUUUUUCUGUAUGCUUUAGUUUUAUUUGUCUAGAUUUAUCCACAUUGAUGUUUCUUGUAUGUAAGUUAUAUGUUUGAUGAAUUCUUUGAAGCAAAUGAAUUUUGAUCCAUGUUUGUUUCUUGCAUUGCAUUCUACUGGCUUUUGUUAGCAGCUUUUCUCAUCCUAAGCAUACUUUCAUAGCUUUACCGAGUACGUUAAGCAAAUCUAUUAGCAUGGCCUGAUGAUACAUACAACCUGUUAGUUGAUUGGUCAAGGCUUUUUUCCACUGCUCUUCUCAUCAGCUAAUUUGGCAAGCGUGUCUCAC